CCAGAUGUCUCCAAACAAGGAAGUCAAUGUGUGGAUAUUCAGAUGUUAUCUACGAAACAGCUGCUAUAUAUUAUACAAGCAUUGACCACUAAAUAUUGUGUGAGUAACGUGAAAUAAUGGAAAAUAAUUAUAAAGUUAUAAACAUUUUAUUCAUCUUGCAUGGAUUCAUAAAUGUCAAUUUAAGUCAAGGAACAAUAUAUGUAAAAGAAAUGGAUGGUACAGAUAUUAAAAUGGUGGCAGAAUUUCUGGUAUCAGUUAAUGACACUUGGGAUCCAAAUGGAUGUAUAGCAACUGUUAAAACUCCCCCAUUAACAUCUGGUAUUAAAUACAACAAUUCAGAUUCUAUAGCAGUUGGAUCAUGUGACAAUGGGCCAUUUAGGUUUGAAAUCGAAAAGGGGGACGAUUCCAAUAAAUAUAAAAUCAAUGUGAUAUUCUUUUCAUCUGUGAUAGAGGAUGCCUCCAGUCCUACCUGUAGUAUCAUGUGGAAUGGAACAUAUCUAACACCUACUACAGAGAAUGGUCCACCAUCAUUACUACCAGGAUGUUUUACUAUGGAUUCAAGAGAAGGAUAUCACAUGACUUAUUACUGGUUUUAUUUAUUAAAAUGGCAAUUUCUGGAUAAAUAAACAAGGUUUGAUCUUUCA